AGGACUUGUUUCCAAUGGCUUUAUGAUAUUGUGGUUAAGUGUGUGGAGCCCUCUUCGUUUUGUAUUUAACAUAAAAUUGCACAAGUUUGUUUUCCAUGAAUAAAUCCACUACACCACACACCAAAAUUUAUUUGGAUGAUUUAGUCAAAUUAUGUAAAAAAAGAUCACAGACAUGUUUCAAAAGGUAAAAGCCACCCCAUUCAUUUUUAUCAAAAUCAAGAACAAGUCAAGCACAUCCAUUAUUGUUGGCAUCAUUAACCCCACUGGUUUUUAAAAGUGUUCUGGGAAUUUUACCACGUGAAAAAAUAAAUAAAGGAAGGAUACUUUAAAAAGGGGGAAAAUUAUCAUUGGCAAAAAAAUUUGGUUUCUAGAAAACCCAGACGCAUUGACAAAGUUUCCUCAUAAUAGGACAAAAGUAUCCAGAAAUAACCUUAACGAGGAAACUCAAGAACAAAGCACUAGGACUUCGCUGGUGUGCAGUGGUUAAGAAUCCUCCUGCCAAUGCAGGGGACAUGGGUUUGAGCCCUGGUCCAGGAAGAUCCCACAUGCGGUGGAGCAACUAAGCCACAGCUACUGAGCCUGUGCUCUAGAGCCCACAAGCCACAACUAAAGCCCGCGCACCUAGAGCCCGUGCUCUGCAACAAGAGAGGCCACUGCAAUGAGAAGCCUGUGCACCUCAAUGAAGACCCAACGCAGCCCAAAAAAAUAAUUAAUUAAUUUUAAAAAAAGCACUAGACAUGAAAAUAUAUAAAUGAGUGAAAGAAAUAUCAUAACACAGAAUAUUAAGACUGUCUAUUGUAAAGACUCUUCUCAAAUUCAUGAUUCAAAUAGCAUCCCAAUUUCUGUAUGGAUACAGGGUAGGUUUUGAUUCUGUGUUCACAGUUGACACCGACCUUCAGCGUAACUAGAAGGGUUAUGAUAUGCAGCUUUCCGUAAGUCCAUGCUCUCUUAGGUUGGUUGCAUCAUGUUGGCUUUAUCUGUUGGGUGAAGGUUUGGUGGAACUCUCCUGUAAAAUAGCCUGGUCCCAGUCCUGUGUUUUAGGGGCAUAUUUUUCACUGCCUUUAUAAUAAUUUUCAUAACAUGAGUUCAUGGAGCUUUUCUAUUUUCUAGAGUCAGCUUUGGUCAAUUAUAUUUUCCUAGCAAACAAUUUACUUCUAGACUUGCAAGUACUUUGGUAUAAACCUUUACAUAGUAUUCUAAUUUUUUCAAUAUCUUUAGCUGUGUACCAUUUCUUGUUCCAAUUUUUUUAUAUUUAUAUCUUCUCCCUUUUUUUCUUAACCGUACUUGCCUUCAGAUUUGAUUGGUAUUUUUGCUUUAUUAAGCAACUUUCUUUUUUCUGUUUUCUAUUUUAUUAAUAUAUUUUAUUCAUUCCUUCCAUAUACUUUAUAUGGAAUUACUGUAUUAUUUUUAUUGACUCAAUUUGAAAGCGAAGUUUGCCCAUUUUCUUUUUUAAAAAAUUUUUAUUUUAAUUAAUUAGUUUAAAGGAAUCAAUCUAUACCGACAGAUUGUUAAGGCACUGGGAUAGAUGGGGAAGAUUAUUUGGGAGUGUAUGAGAAAGAGGCCCUUCCCAAGGGACUCCAAAUUAUACCAUAUUUAUAGUGUUCACAUCAUUUUUUUUUUUUUUUGGCCAUGCCAUGUGGAAUGUGGGAUCUUAGUUUCCCAACCAGGGAUGGAACCUGUGCCCCCUGAAGUGGGAGCGUGAAGUCUUAACCACUGGACUGCCAGAGAAGUCCCUGCCUAUUUUCAGUCUUUCCUGUAUGCCAAUAAAUGCAUAAAGAGUAUAAAUUUUUUCUCUGAGCAUUGUUUUCAUGGUAUCCCACAGGUUUGGGUAAGUAGAACUUUCAUUGCAAUUCAUUUCUAAACAGUUUAUACUUUCCUCAUUAAUCCACAAGUUAUUUAUAAGUGUAUUUAAAAUUUUCCAGAUACAGAAUUUUGUUAUUGUUGUUAUCCUACUCUUGUUGAUUUUUAAUUUUAUUCUUUGAGUGUAUACUACAUGAUUUCUGAUAUCUGGAAUUUGUUGAUAUAGAAAAUCUCAAAAGAAUUAGGGAAUAAUGCCAGGUGGAAUUUUGUUAAUGAUUCAUGUGUGUUAGAAACAAAUGUGUACUCCCGGCUUGUUGGGUACAAUACAUAUACGUCUUUGUCAGAUCAAACUUGGUAAUGUUAUUGUUCAAUUUGCUUCUAUCUGUACUAAUUUUUUCAAGUUGAUUUCUAAGUGAGGGGUGUUUAGAGGCUCUUACUGUGAUUGUGGAUGGGUCAGUUUCUUUUUAACUUCCAGUUCAUAUCUUUUGUUAUUUUAUUGGGUUGUUUCUUUUUCUUGUUGUUUUGUGGCUGUUCUUGCAUUUUAGGGAAAUUAAUCCCUUGUUGGUUAUAUUCUUUCUCUAGCAAUCUUAAAAUUACUUUAACAGAAUUUGCAUACAACUAGUAUUUUAACAAUACAAUGUAUUAUUGAAAGAUAGGCUUAAAAGGGUUUCUGUUUUACAGCCUUUCAUUAGUCCUUAGUGGAUUUUUAUUUGACUGGAUAUAUUCUUGAAAAUAAAGCUAUGUUUAUUUUUUAAUUUCCAUAAUGUCAAUUUUUAACCUAUAUAGACCAACCUUCCUAAAUGACCGAAACUGUAGUUUUACUGGGACAAAUUAGAAAAUUUGAACAAAAACACUUUUAAAAUUCAUUAAUUAAUUAAUUUAUUUUUGGCUGUAUUGGGUGUUCAUUGCUGGGCACGGGCUUCCUCUAGUUGAGGCGAGUGGGGCCUACUCUUCGUUGCGGUGUGCGGGCUUCUCAUUGCGGUGGCUUCUCUUGUUGUGGAGCAUGGGCUCUAGGUGCAUGGGCUUCAGUAGUUGUGGCACAUGGGCUUAGUUGCUCCGCAGCAUGUGGGAUCUUCCUGGCCCAGGGAUCGAACCCAUGUCCCCUGCAUUGGCAGGCAGAUUCUUAACUAAUGUGCCACCAGGAAAGUCCCUGAACAAAAACAUUUCAAUCUAAGGCAAGAUACCAUAGUUUCAAUUAAAAUGUCAGACAACUCAUUAUAAGGUUAUAAAACUUGGGUUAGUCAUGAACAACAUGUGAUAGGAAUUGGAGAGCCAGUCUCCCCCCUCACCCCCACCCUGCCCAGCCACUCCAGCCGUGUGUAUGUGGGCAAAUUAUUCAGACUUUGGGUCACAACUUCCUCAUCUGAUGGAAUGGAAGACAUUCACAACCUCUCAGAGUCAGUAUAAGAAUAAAAGUGGAUCAUUGACAAGAAAGCUGUUUGCAAAAGAGCAAAUACCCAUUUCUGUCAUUCUACUGGGUACUGAAGCCCUAGCCUGGAGUAGUCUGAGCCCCAUAUAUUUCCAUGACACUCCUGUGUUUCAACCCCAAUUCUCCCAGUCAUGACAGACAUUCCUUUAGGGUCCUUCUCCGUUUUCAGAAUCAUCCCUCACAAUCCCUUUAGGAAAUGGGAAAUGUUGACCAUGUUUCAACCCCAAUUCUCCCAGUCAUGGGAGACCCUCCAUUUAUAGCACAUCCAUGAAAAGACAAAGCUCAUUCAAAAUGGAGCACUUGUGGGACCUCCCUGGUGGCGCAGUGGUUAAGAAUCCGCCUGCCGGGGUACCUUGUCAUAGGUGGGGCUGGAUGGCCGUCUCCUUCGGCUUCCACUGUGGGCUCAGCACAUUACUUGCACCGAAGGCCGAGCCGGCACCACAGUGGCUCCCAGCUUGCAGACAAAAGACAUCAACCUCUUUCCUUAGUCGACCAGAUCUUCCAAACCUGGCUCAUAAAAGGCUAAAAGGCAAAAGUCCAGGAAUUAUCUUCAUCCCUGGCUAUAUUAAUAUGAAUGGUACAAAAGCAUUGGCAAUUGAGGAGUUUUGCAAAUCUCUAGGUCACGCCUGUAUAAGCUUUGAUUACUCAGGAGUUGGAAAUUCAGAUGGUAACUUAGAAGAAUGCACAGUGGGAAAAUGGAGAAAAGAUGUUCUUUCUAUAAUUGAUGACUUAGCUGAAGGACCACAGAUACUAGCUGGAUCUAGCCUCGGUGGAUGGCUUAUGCUUCAUGCUGCAAUCACACGGCCACAAAAGGUUGUUGCUCUUAUUGGCAUAGCGACAGCUGUGGAUGGCCUAGUGACACAGUUUAAUCAGCUUCCUGUUGAGGCAAAAAAGGAAAUAGAGAUGAAAGGUGUGUGGUCCAUGCCAUCAAAAUACAGUGAAGGAGGAGUUUAUCGCAUUCAGUACAGUGUCAUUAAAGAAGCAGAGCACCACUGCUUGUUACAUAGUCCUAUUCCUGUGAACUGCCCUAUAAGAUUGCUCCACGGCAUGAAGGAUGACAUUGUAUCAUGGCAUAUGUCCAUGCAGGUUGCUGACCGAGUAGUCAGCACAGAUGUAGAUGUCUUCCUCCGAAAGAAUAGUGAUCACUGAAUGAAGGAAAAAGUGGACAUUCAACUUCUGGUUUACACUAUUGAUGACUUAAUUGAUAAGCUUUCAACUGUAGUUAACUAGAAUCACAGUUUUAGUUGGAAUGUAAAGUAAUGGAUCCAGAAGAUGGAAGAGGGAUAACAGAUGAAGGACCCUGAUACUUAGAAGGUUUUUUUCUCUUAUCUCUACCUUGUAAAUAUCAUGUGCGUAUUUAAUGAUGUAUUUGCACAAGUGAUUCAGAUUGUGAAGAAAGAGCCAGCUGCUGUUUGAAAAAUUUUCUCCUUCCUUCAAUCCUUGACUUUUUUCAUUAAAAUAUUUCCUAUUUUUUUAUUCAAGAGAUGUUUACCUUCUAAUGCUUAUGUUAACUGUGCCAGCUCUUACUUAGAAUUGCUAAUAAAACUUGAUUUUUUUGUUUUCUGUUUGGUAUCAUUGUAUAUGGAGAUUUGCAAAAUUAUUUCUGAUUUUAAAAUGCAGUUUACAAAAUAUAGGAAAAUGUUUAUUGAAAUAAAUCUAAAAUGACUAGAGAAAUGUCUGAAACAUAAUAAAGUUCAAAAUAAAGCUAUUACUUUAUAUAUUAAAAAAAAUAAGAAGAAUCUGCCUGCCAAUGCAGGGGACACGGGUUCGAGCCCUGGGCCAGGAAGAUCCCAGAUGCCGUGGAACAACUAAGCCCAGGCACCACAACUACUGAAGCCUGCGGGCCUAGAGCCCCUGCUCCGCAGCAAGAGAAGCCACCGCAAUGAAAAGCCUGCUCACCGCAACAAAGAGUAGACCCCGCUCACGGCAACUAGAGAAAGCGUGCAGCAACAAAGACCCAACACAGCCAAAAAUAAAUAAAUAAAUAAAUUAUAAUUUUAAAAAACGGAACGCUUGCUUCCUUAAACCAUUAGUAGGGAAACAAGACAUUUUUCUCCAUCCCCUUUUACAUUUUUCCCAAUAAUCUCCAGUUCAGCGGUAUCUGGCAAACGAGUGUUGGUACUUGAAGACUCCCCUGAGGAAAUAAGCUACAGGCUUUAUCUCUCCCAUGGGGUGAUUUGGAUUGAAGUGUUUUCUUUGUUUUAGUUUUGCAGCAUCUCUUCAAUUUUUAGAGGCUUCUGGGGAAAAAAAACCCUGCCAACCCAGGCGUAUAAACUCUUCAAACAGUAGUAUGCCUUUUCAGCUCAUUUGGUCUUCGAUGGUUUACUUCUCAUAAUAAACAUGUGCAUCUUUUCAAAAGAAUUAGUACACUGGUUGGAAACCGCAGAUGUACUUAGAAUUCUCUUUAUUCCCUUGGAGGGAGAGGUUUCCCUUUUUCCAGUUGUCUUGAAACCCUUUGUUGCACGUUUAUGGCAGAACCAUGGCAAAGGUGCUUCUCUCC